GGAGGAGAAGUAAAAGGAGAGGGAGGAGGAGGAGGAGAGGGAGGAGAAGAAGUCACGCCCCCCCUCAGGGAAGGAAGGACCCAGGUACCUGCCGGCCCCGCCCUCCCUCCCUCCCUCCCUCCCUCCCGGAUUCCGCUCCGAUUCCGCUUCUUCUUCCCCGGACGAGGAGGGAGCGCAGCCAUGGUCCCAAUCCGGCCCUGGGUCCUGCUCUGCUGUGCCGCCCUCCUCUGCUGCGCCCCGGAGCCCGGACAGGCAGGAGAAUGCAAAGAACUGGAAUCAUGUGAUAAGUGUAUAGAAGGAGCUGCUUCCCAGAACAUCACCAACUGUGUGUGGAUGCACUGCCAAGAGUCUCAGGAGAAACCAGGUACUGGCCGCUGCGUGGAAAAAGGGGAACCAGUCAAGGAGAAGUGUUCAUUUUUCAAUGCUACUGCCAUGUGUGAAGCCCCACGAUCAGCUACCACAGAACCUCCAUCCGGAACCACGAAAGAGCCGCCAGAGCCAUCCAGUAAGAAGCCAGAAAUUGUCACAUUUGGUCCCACAGCCAGCAGCCCUUCACCUCUAACUGGCUCCCCCGAGUUUCAUCCGCCAGGCUUUGACUCUGCCAGCUUCAUUGGCGGGAUGGUGUUGGUGCUCAGCAUCCAAGCUGUCAUCUUCUUUGUGGUGAAGUUCCUCCGCUCAAAGGACAGCACCUAUCAGACACUGAUCUGACGACCGAUCUCCUGGGAGCUGUCUUGACGUGUUCCUUUUGUGGGAUGAGUAGCUGCAGAAGAGCGGCUGGCUGCAUCUGGGGCCAGCAGAAGGCUUUCUUUUCUUCUGAGGGAACUGCAGAAGCAGACCACUUACUUCAGAGCUAUGCAUCCCCCGUUGACAUCUUGGGUGCUCCUACUGUUGGGCUCAGACGAGAGGAUCCUUUGGACUUGCUGAGCAAUUGGUACAAAAGUAUCAGUUGAGCUGUAGGGACCUUUAUCUGCUCCAUCAGUGGACAUGUGUAACAGUGAGGUCAAGAACCUCCUCAACAGAUUUGAUGUUUUGCUUUGCUUUUCCUGUAGAAUUUUGCUCUGGGUUAAUUAUUCUCCUCCUAAGACGGCAUCAGGGUCCUUCUCUUAUUACGGUACUUCCCGGUCAUGGAUCUGCCCGAUCAUUUGAGACCUACAAUGUGAAUGUAAUAGUCCUGAAUUGACCUUUUUGCACGGGAGUGCUACUCGUGCUCAUUGCCCUCCUGGUUUUUGGAAAAAAGAUGCUUGUAUCUAAGUUUAUAUUCCCAAUCACAUGGUGGAGCCCAUCCUGAAAUGUGGGUUGCUCACGGCCAGUCUCUUCCCCUGCCCUAUCCAACAAGACUUGAACUCUUUCACUAUUUAUGAGAAGCUAUACAUUUUUUUAAAGCUGGGUCACUUUAAAAUAUUGGUAUCUGGUGCAGAUAUCAAGCCACUUGAGUCCAGGGGUUAAAAGUCUUGCUCAAGUAGCGAGAGGGGCUCACUUGGAGAUGCUUGAACUAGGGAUCCUGCUUUCUGGAACAGGAAUUGUAAUAGAAAAGCACAGCAAAGCUGAACAGGGUGUCUGUUGGAUUUCUUGUGGUAGCUGCGUGUUACAAUGGAUCUUCAUGAAACUUCAGUUCUGAGUUUCCGCUUUGGAGAAGCAGAGAGCACCUCUUCACCCUGUGAAAUAGCAGCCAAGGGGGAAAGCAGAGAAAUGAAUAAAAUGAAAUAUUUGUGGA